AUGUACGGUCAACAAUAUCAGAACAACUAUAAUCAGCCUCCACCACCACCUCAACAGCAGCAGUGGGGACAACCACCUCCCGCACAAUAUGGUGGGCCAGGCGGACCAGGCGGACCAGGCGGCUAUGGAUAUAAUGGAGCACCUCUACAACAACCAGCGUACGGCGCACCUCAACCUGGAUAUGGUGCUCCCCCUUCACACAACGACUAUAAUGGUCAAACACCUUAUGGUGCACCUCCCGCUCAAUCAUACGGUGCACCACCACCACCUCAACAACAUCAUUUAGGCGCUCAACCACCUUAUGGAGGUACAUCACCUCAGCCACCUUACAGUGCCCCUUCUCCCCAACCACCAUAUGGCGCUCCUUCCCCUCAACCAUAUGCCGCUCAAGGAAAUUAUGGUGCACCUCCGCCUGUCGGAGGUCAAGGAGCCAAGUUCCUAGGCAUACCAAUCCCUGCUCCUCCUCCAGCUGUACCAGUAAGCACAUUGCCGGGAUAUAACGCUCAAUUCGAUGCGGAGAGGUUAAGGAAGGCUACUAAAGGCUUCGGAACUGAUGAGAGGACUCUUAUCGAUACUCUCUCACCACUAGAUGCCUUCCAGAUGGAGGUGCUGACUAGAACAUACGAGCAGACAGUAGGAAGGAGCUUGAAGAAGACUUUAGAAAAGGAGUUAUCCAGUUGGCUCGAAUAUACACUGGUUCUUCUUUCGCUUGGUCCUUUGAAUGGUGACCUUCAUCUACUCAAUAGAGCAUGUUCAGGAGCAGGUACGCAUGAAGAUUUACUCAACGAACUGCUUCUCGGUAGAUCAAACGAAGAGAUGUUUUAUUUGAAAGAAGGCUACAAGAGAGUCUAUGGAAAAGAUCUGGUUUCUGUAGUCAGAGGUGAACUAAGCAUGAAGACGGAGCGGAUGUUCAACAUGGCUCUCUCAGGUCAAAGAGAUGAAUCACCAUACGUGAAUCAACAACAAGUUCAACAAGACGUCGAAGCUUUAUAUCGUGCAGGUCCAGGAAAAAUUGGUACUGACGAAAUUGGGGUUUGCGGUAUCCUACUUUCUCGGUCAGAUGCCCAUCUUCAAGCUAUAGCUCAAGCUUUCCCUCAAAGACAUCGAGUAGCCCUGUCGCAAAUGAUUCAAUCUGAGUUCUCAGGUCACAUGAAAGACGGCCUAUAUUACAUCGCCAAGGGAGUCGAAGGUGAUGGACAAGGUGUGAUUCGAGAUGCAGAAUUAUUGCACGCCGCUAUGGCUGGUGCUGGUACUAAAGAUGAGAGAAUGAUCUAUCGAAUAGUUCGAAAUCAUUGGAACAGACCGAGGUUCAACGCAAUCAAGACUCAGUAUCAAUCUCUGUAUAGACAAACUCUGAAAAGAGCAGUAGAAGGUGAAACCACGGGUAAAUACGAGAAGGCUUUGGUUGGUAUUAUCGAACAGAAUUAA